GAUUUGAGUUCGAAAUGGGAGAGCAGUGUAAGGGCUUGGUUUAUGUGUUUAGAAUUUAACGACGUGUGAUGUGUAGCUAAGAAACGUUGUUUGGUUUUGUAGAGGAUAUAGUCACCCAGAUCUUUAACGUGUUGGUAAACAAUAAUGGAUCCUUUUACUCAGAGAAUGUUAGAGAGGGCAAGAGCACGGAAAGGAAAUAUGGGUCAUUCAUCUAAUGAAGAGAGUACUAGAAGAAGCCCACUGCAAGAGACAAGCAAUUUAUCAGAACAGAAAUUAAAAGUGACAGCAGAAGUAGAAUUUAUGUUAAAUGGCCCCUGCAAUGUGGAAAACAUUAAGGGUAUCAGUGUUUCACCAACAAGGCCUCAUAUUGUUAGUGUGGAAAGUAAAGGCAAGGAAAACUGUAAAACACCAGAAAACGAAGGCCAUGCAGUGGUAGCCAUCAGAGACACUGCUAAAAUGCGGUUAAGGCGACUCGGUGCAUUGUAUUCAGAGGAAGAGGCAAAUAUUUCGUCACCAAUACAUAGAACUGAAGAAACUUUUACUGCUGAAGAAGAGGAAGAUAUGAAGCCAGUUAAGAGCACAACAAGACUAAAUAGAUUAGCUGCUCUAGCAAACACAAUAAAUGAGUGGGAGGAUGAUUUAAGUCACCCACAACUUACCAACAGUUCUGAGAAAAAGACUGAAAGGAAAAUUUCAGGCUUGGAAAAAACAUCUCACAUCAUUAAUAGUUACACAGACCAAAAACUGCAAAUAAAACCAUUGAACGCAAUCCAGAAAAACAAGCUUGUUGAUAGAAAAGGCAGUGAUGCCAACAUUGUAUGGGAUAAAGCAAUUCUGGAAACCCUGGAAGCUCAAGGAUUUGAACGCACUGUCUCUAAUUCUAGACUAGUGUAUGAUUUUUCCAAACAUUCUUCACAGGAUGGGAAGAGCACUUCUAUGAAGCCAGCAACAAAAGCUUCAGCUGUCCUCAGUGACAUCAAGGAGAAACAAGAGCCCAGUGAAAUUAGUCCAAAAAAAUCUGUUUCGGUGACAAAUGCAAAAGUAACUCGCAGCCCAGUAAUGGGUGUGUCGCAGCUUUGUAAUUCUGCCAAGGUUAUUAGCCCCCGUGAAAAACCAUCAAUGUUUUGGAAACAGGGACACAGUCCUCAGAAAGUUGAGGUCUCAAAAAUAGAGUUAAAGAGUGUUUCUAAUCAUGCACAAAUGUCUCCCAAGAAGGGUUCUGUUCUACAUAAAGCAGCAGUUUUUGAGUCUGGAAGCCCUGAGAAGCAGUUGACAAAGGAUCCAAUUGAACUGUCAGUAGCUGAGCGCCUUGCUCUGUUUGAGAAGAAUAAGGGUCAAGCCCUCAUUCCCAAAACUGCUUUUUCAAUGGCUGUUCCUACAAAAUACUUAAAUAAAACACAACAGGAUUCAAUAACCAGCAAGAAAUUUUCACCUGAAAAAUCCAGCUCUGCAACACAAUGGACAAGGCUAGGAAAUUUUGGAAUUGUUCAGAAGCCAGUAGAACAGCCAAAGUUAUCUCCAAUAAAAAAUGAUAUACCCCAGAACAAAGUACUGGCCAGCAAGCAGCUUUUUGAAACUGGAGCUAUUAAUGGCAAAGGAAGUUCUGUUCCUCAGAAUGUCCCUUCUGAAAGACAGAAAGAACUAGAGAUGUUACAGAAUCGCUGGAACAGAAAUAAACAGAUUGGAUCUGUAGUAUUAGAUUCCAGAUUUAUUCCUAACGAUGCCCAGUCAAAUAGUAACUUAGAAAGGCAGCAUGUAUCAGUCCCACCAACUCCUCCUCCCCUACCGCAGUUGUCACCUACAAAGAAAAACAGUGUAUCAGAGAUGCAGCAGAAACUACCCACUCCAAGUGAUUGUAUUAAUAAAGAUGAUAUGAAAAAGCAGUAUCCUGUCUUAGCGGAUGUUAGGAGAUUCAAGGUGGGAGACCCUAAACCUGGCAGGUUAUAUCCAUGCUUGUCAGAUAUUGAAACGUGCACAGAGACUGAGAGUGAGAUGCCUGAUACAGAUGGCUUUGAAAGCUCUGGGAGUAAUGAUUCUUGCAGUAAUUUGGAAGACACUAGUUUUGGGAGAGAGAUACUGCAAGCUGCAGGCAUUAACAAGUCACCAGUCAAGGAGGAGUCCGAAAGUGACUUGUCACAAUCUGAAACAGACGCUUUGAAGGAAAUAGAUGAUUUCCUCGAUGAAGCUCUUGGAGAUUCAUCAGACUCGGAGGGUCCAACACCACCAAAAAGAACAAGAGAGCACAGCCUUUCUCCUCAGAAGUUAAUGCAAACAGUAAAAAGCAACAGCCCAAGUAAGCACAGGACACCAGAGAAAGACUACAGUCCUACGUCAACCCACUGUCAAAGCUUCAGAUAUAAUCGUGGUCACUUUGAGCGAAUGGAUGAAGAGAGCUGCCUACCAGACCAUGUGGUCGAUGGUGAUCAGCAGCUGCCUCUCAUGCACACUGUUAGUUUUUACAGAAGACAGCAGAACAUGGGAGUGAAAACAACACCAGUUAGACAAAUAAUCCGGAGACCAGAAGUCAGAUCCACCGUUUCAUACAAUUCUGAAGAAAGUAUCAGUUUUCCAGCAGAUGAUAGAAAUACUGUGAGGAGUAAGAUUUCAACUUUGCUAGAUGAGGUAACGAAACAACAGACAGUAAUAUCACAGGCUAGCCAGGCACUUAAUUUGUGCUGCGCAACAGUGGAGUUUUCUGGUUCAGCUGAGCAAGUGGAAGGAGAGCGGCUCCUCCUGCUAGCAACACAUCGCAGACAGGCAGCAUUGCAUGAAAUCCAGAGGCUCGAAGUUGAAGGAACUCUAAGACCUGGUGGAAGCACUGCAUCUGUGAUACAAACUAGUGAGCAGGGGACACUAAUUGUAACAAAUAUUAUUUUACCAGUGAAAAAAGAAUACAUUCACAAUAUUGGAACAGGUAAUACUUGCCACCAUUUCAUGUGUCUGCUGCGCUCUCAGGAACAAGUGUUGGGCACUCCUGUUUUAGCUGCAUCACCUACUGCGCUAAAGGGCACACCUGGACUUAUGUGGAAGGGACCAUUGAAGUUAAAUGGCCUCUACACUGAUUUUAAGGCUACUCUUGAGGUCUAUAGCCUUGAAACACAAAAGGAGAUUUUGCCUCACAAUGUCAAGUAUCACAUUACUGAUGGGAGUAGUGGGAAGAAGGAAGGCAAUAAACUAAGACUAACGCCAAAGAAAGUGAAACAGGAGUCGCGUUUGAUCAUGCCAACGGUCCAAUCCCCUGCGGGUCCAUCUGCAGUUCGAACUUCGAGCUUUCAACUUGCUGGCUAUGUUGUGUUCUCUCUGAAAGAAGUGCAUCGCACCCAGUUCACACUCAACAAGGUUGGACACAAGUCUCCACUUGAGGGAAAUGUAUUGGUUCAACUGUCGUCAGAGUUAAGUUUGACUGUGACAGAACGUGGGUUUUUAACAAUGUUUGAAGAUAUAUCUGGAUUUGGGGCAUGGCAUCGAAGAUGGUGUCUUUUGAAAGGUGCAACUCUGUGUUACUGGAAGUAUCCUGAUGAUGAAGGAAAGAAGGAACCAAUUGGUUGGAUAGAUCUUAAAGCUUGUUCAACAGAGAGUGUUGGACUAGUUUCAAGAGAUAUUUGUGCACGACCUAACACCUUCCUUUUGGAAACAACACGCCCACCACAGCCCGAUGAUGUGGAAAGCCUCAUACUGGUUCGCUCUAAAAACCGUACUACAAUAAGGCACCUCCUGUCAGCAGAUACGAAGGAGGAUCGACUUGUUUGGUGCUCACAGCUAAACAAAACUCUUUCAAUGUUAAGAGCCUGGAAUAGUGACAGAAAGUAAAUGGGUCAGAUACUAAUACAGAACAAAUAAUGUGAUCAGCAUGUAAUGUUAGGUGCUGUAAUCACAUAGUAAGGUAGUGUUUUAUCUAGUCUCAAAUUAUUAUAAACAAAUAAUGUGGCCACCAAACUUUGAAGCAGCUUUUAUCAGUAUGUCUCUUGGAGCAUCUGGAAAACUUGUAACUGGUGUUUUUUUACUUAAUGAUGGAGUUCAAUGAAGCAGCCUGCAGGAUAGUCUGGCAUCAUCUUAAAACUGACUUUUUUUUUUGGUCGGGAAAAGGUGUAUCUUGUGUCAUGCAAUAUCAUAGUUCACACAUGCUCUCUGAAGUGUAUAAUUUUGCUUAAGAGCAAAGAAACCAUUUUAAAACAUUCCUAUAACACAUAAUCCCAUACAUAAUAAUAUGUAAAUAUUGAUCUUUAUUUUCAAUGUAUAUACACUUUUAAGAUUAACAUAUGAGGGGCUGUUAAUAUUUUGUAAUAUUUUUAUAUUCUUGUUACUGUAAAUAUUAAAAGAUUGACUUCCUUUUUCUCUAUCUUCAAUACAUUGUACACAGCAGCAAAUUAACAAUGAAUGGGAUUAUGUGUAGCAUGUUAUCCACAUGACUGCAUGCAGUGUCUUUGGAAACUGUGCUCAUUUGUACUACUGUCUAAUUUUGCUACCCAGAGAUCACACACAGUUUGUUUUUGAGAUUGGUAGUAUGUUUGUUAUGAACACUACCUUUCUGUGGGCAGUUUACUUUUUACAGAUGAUGACAAUUAUACAUGCUUGACAUGACACUUUGCAGUAUUUUGUUUAAGAAUAUCUAAUUAAUUAUCAUAGGAUUUUUUUAUUUGAGAUUACUGCCUUACCAUGACAUCAUAGGGCUUUCAAAACUUUAUAGCCAAUUAUAAAGCAACAGCAUACUAAUUAUUUUUAUAUCUUUGUUAUUAUUGUGAUACUAAUUUAUACAGGUACAAAAAUAUUUUUGAUUUGUAUAUGUGUAUAUCUGAUAAAAAUGCGUAAUAAACAUUAUUUGCUUUA